CCGGGCGGAAGCAGCCCCGGCAGGCGGGGCGGCGGGGGCGCCCGUGGGCUUCCAAGGGGAACGUCUCAACCUGGGCGGUUCGCCGGCGGGGACUGCUCGUGGUGACGGCCGGGUGGCCCCGGGUGACGGGCGUCUAGGAGGCAGGGUGCCCACCCAUGGCCAGAUCACCUGCCCCUGGCUCCGUGAUCGUCCCAGACUGGCACGAGAGCACCGAGGGCAAGGAGUACCUGGCCUGCAUCCUGCGCAAGAACCGCCGGAGGGUGUUUGAGCCAGGAACACGGAAACGUCAAAACCCUGCCAGGAGCCGCUGUCGCCAGAGAGGCUGCUGACGGAAACCUCCUUCUGGGCCAGGCCCUCUGCUGGGCACUUUACAAAACGGGGCUGCCACUUAACCUCAGUGGCACAUCCUCCAGACGUGUCCAAGAUCCACUGUCAUAAAUAAGUGGGGGCAAGCCUCUUCCAUAUUCUGCCGUCUCCAAGAUAAGACCCUCAUGUUCCCCAGGAUGAAGCCACCUCACCCGGGGAGGGCCAAGCUGACAGACCAUUAGAGGGGCCUGGCAUUGGCUUUGGGAGUUCAGCUCUGGCAGAGAGACAAAGUACAAGAAGAGUGAAAACCAGCGAACAGGAGAACAACCCACAAUUCCACAAUUUAGGAUUGCCGGUCCUAAGCCUAUAGAUGUAUCACAAUUUAAAUUGUUGGGUUUUUUUUUUCAAAUUAAAAGCAUCCAUGAAGAUCUCAAUAUUUUGAUUCCAACGAGUUUAUCAUAAUUGAGAAUACUUUUAUUCUGAUAUUUUUCCACUGAGGAAAGAAUUAUGAAAAACUUUGCCUUGACAUGUACAAAAUCUAGAACAUGUGAUGAUAAUAUCAAUAAAAACUAUCUCAUGCAUCAAACUUAAAAAAAAAAUGUGGUCUUCAAAUUUGGAGUAGGCCUUGGCCCAGCUCAUAGAACACGAGUAUUCUCAGCAGAGCUUCUCCCUGGGGAUCCUGCUGUGCCUCACGCCUCUGCAAUAAGAGAACCAUGGACGGUGGGCCCUGGAAAGGCGCCUAGACAUGAGGCUGCCCAGGGUCUGAUGGGGAAAGAACGGGGUGAGCCUCGGGCCCCACCAGGCUCCCUGCUUGCCCCAGGGCUGCUUGAGCGACCAGUGCUACCCCCACCUGUGGCCAUUGACACUGCCAGCUACAAGAUCUUCGUGUCUGGGAAGAGUGGCGUGGGCAAGACGGCGCUGGUGGCCAAGUUGGCUGGCUUGGAGGUGCCCAUCGUGCACCAUGAGACCACUGGCAUCCAGACCACUGUGGUAUUUUGGCCUGCUAAGCUGCAAGCCAGCAACCGCGUCGUCAUGUUCCGUUUUGAGUUCUGGGACUGCGGGGAAUCUGCGCUCAAAAAGUUCGAUCACAUGCUGCCGGCUUGCAAGGAGAAAACAGAUGCUUUCCUCUUCCUCUUCUCCUUCACUGACCGUGCCUCCUUUGAAGACCUCCCUGGACAGCUGGCCCAUGUAGCAGGCGAGGCUCCUGGUGUCGUCAGGAUGGUCAUCGGCUCCAAAUUUGACCAGUACAUGCACACAGAUGUACCAGAGCGUGACCUCACAGCAUUCCGGCAGGCCUGGGCGCUGCCCCUCCUCCGGGUGAAGAGUGUGCCAGGGCGGCGGCUGGCAGAUGGACGCACCCUGGAUGGGCGGGCUGGGCUGGCUGACAUCGCCCAUGUGCUCAAUGGCCUGGCAGAACAGCUGUGGCACCAGGACCAGGUGGCAGCUGGACUGCUCCCCAUGCCCUCAGAGAACACCCCCAGCUGAGGGGUGGUAGCUUCAUGAGUGGGCACCUGUGACCCCUCCUCUGACCCUCAGGUGACCCAGGGCAGAGGGCAGGACCCAGGGCCUGAGGCUGGGGCAGGAGUAUUGAUCUGGUCCUAAGGAUGGCCAGAGGGGCCUGGUCAGGGAGGAUGGUGGCCUGAGAAGGCUCCUGCACCUGCAGCACUUCCCCUGCAGAAUACGUGGCUGUGACGGGGGGUGCCCAGGGCUCUGUAGGGCAGCGGUCUGAGGGCAUCUGGCUGCCCUCUGGCCUCCUCCCUGUGGGUCCAAGCUCUGGAAUUGAGGAGCUGUAUGGGCAGGGCCCCAGAUCUCCAAUGUCCCCCCCAACCUCCUGCUGUGUUCCCCCUUCUGCCAGGGAGGGUGACUGGGAUGAGGGGGUGCCUCAGCUGGACCUUGGACCUCAAGUGACUUCAAGUAAGAGCCUAGAUUAGUUGAACACCAUCUGCUGUACCAGAUAAACCCUGAGAUCGCUGAAGCCCA